AUGAUGACGAGCCGCAGCACCUCGUCUUCUUUGUUUUUCUUGUUUGUUUUUUGCUGCUUGUCUUUCUAUACCCGCAGCAGCACCGCAGUCUCAGUCUCCUGGCGCCCUACUACCUCGGCGCACACCAGCAGCAGCAGCAGCAGCAGCAGCAGAAGCAACAGCAGCAGCAGCAGCAGAGGAGACACUGCGAGAUCUCUGUCUCCUCUUGAUGUUGAGCUCGAUGCCUUCGUAGAGACAGACGAAGCAGAGAUGGAGGCCCUAAACCCCCCCUUAAUAAACCAAGAUAGCAGCAGCAGCAGCAGCAGCAGCAGCAGCAGCGGCAGCAGCAGCUUCCUCGCCUUGCAGUCGCAGGACCCACAGAUGGAUGCAGAACCAGAUGUGGUCGUUGCCCCUAAGCCGCAGCAGCAGCAGCAGCAUCGGUUGCUGCAGCAGCAGAGUGAUGCUGAUUCUGCAGCUCGUUUGCGGGCUGCUGCUGCAGGUGCAGCAGCAGCAGCAGCAGCGCCUUCAGCAUUUAUUUCGGUGGGUCAAAGCAGCAAGAAGAAGGUGAAAGGGGAGUCUAGUGUUGCUGCUGCUUCUGCUGCUGCUUCUGUGCUGCAGCUGCAGCAAAAAGGUAUACUUGCAGGUAUCGGUAGCGCUCUCUUAGGAUCUGCUGCGGGCACUCUUAUGGGUGGAGCGCAGCAGGCUUUAUCAGGCCCCUUUGCUUUGAAUACACCUCAAACAAAUCUAACAGCAAAUCUAGGAGGUGCUGCUGCUCCUGCUGCAGUUCCUGCUGCAGCAGCUGCUGCAGUUCCUGCUGCUGCUCCUGCUGCUACAGUCGCAGCAGCACCUGCAGGAGGGGCAUUCGUCUCUCCUUCUCUUGCUGCUGCUGCUGCACCCGACACUAGUCACAACAUUACAGGCAUUAUUAUCGGUGUAUUCGUAGGGCUGCUUGCGCUCUGCUUAAUUGGCGGCUGCGUCUGGAAGAUGACAAAGAGAAAGAAAAGACGAUGA